AUGUUAGAAACAGAGUCAAAGACACCUUUGCAAAUAGGUAUUGUCGGGGCUGGCGUUGCUGGCCUAGCUGCUGCUAUUGCCCUACGCAGAGUUGGGCACGAAUGCGAGAUCUGGGAGCGAUCGACGUUCAAGAACGAGAAUGGUGCAGCUGUAUCAAUCCCACCGAAUGGUGGUAGAAUUUUGAAGAGAUGGGGCUUUGAUGCUCAGAAGACACAAGGCAUUCAGAUUGAACAAGUGCGCAGACCGAAGGGCGAUACUCUCGAACCCAUGGCUCCUACGCUUGACUUCAGGGACAUCCCAGCAAGAUAUGGAAAUGAAUGGUAUUUCUACCACCGAGUCGAUAUGCACCGCGAGUUUCGAAGCAUGGCAGAAGACCCUGCAUUGGAAGGCCCUGCCGCAAAAAUCAACCUUGGUUGCCAAGUCAUUGAUAUCGAGCCAGUGGAAGGCAUAGUCACCCUGAAAGACGGCAGGAAGGUGCAGAAAGACCUUAUCAUCGUUGCGGAUGGCCAACACGAUAGGCUUAACAAGGAAAUCACUGGUCGUGAUACUCCUAUGCAACGAUCUGGUCAAACAGCUUACCGGUGCCUCAUUCCGAUGAAGGAUAUCCUCGAGGAUCCUGUCACGCGACCACUCUUUGAGAACGAAGGACCUGGAUUCUGGGCUCCAGCACUCCCACAAAAGGGUGUAAUGUGCGUCACAUAUCCUUGCCGAAACGGGGAGAUUCUAAAUUGCUUGAUUGUUGCAAGAAAACUCAAUGCGACGCACGAAACUAGUGAACAAGAUCAGACAAUUGAAGACUGGAAUUUCCCAGCCACACCAGAAAUGCUCGAGGCAGUCAUGGACGGAUUUCACCCCAGUGUCAAGGCUCUUAUGAUGAAGUCUCCAGAAAUCAAGAUGUACACCCAGAUGAAACGAGAUCCUCUCCCAAAGCUUUUCAAGGGCAAGGCCGUACUAAUUGGCGAUGCCUGCCAUCCAAUGCUCCUCACACAUGCUCAAGGUGUCUCGUCCUCGAUCGAGGACGCGGCCGCGCUCGAAGUCUUCCUGCGAGGCGUUGAAGGCAGUGGAGAUGUCAACGCACCAGCUUCGCGCAAGCUGACCGAGCGCCUUGCGAUGUUCGAAGGAUUUCGCCUACCUCGAGUCAGUGCCACGCAAAUCCUUACCGAGCCUAUUGUUCCAGGUCCCAUGUUCGUCAAGAUGGGUCAGGCAGCUGAAAAGAAAAUUAGGCAAUAUUACCAGGGGCCACUCCCACCAAUGACUUCAGUACCACACAGUGUGCCUAUCUGCAACUUUUUCUUCGCUUACGAUGUAACAUGGGAAGCAGAGCAGGCACUUGAGUUAGCGAACAAAAUGCUGGAGUUAAAAAUAGUCGGACAGAAGAACAUUGAAGAAGGCAAGUCAGCAGCUAAAGUCUCCGAGGCCGAGAUAUCGACUCUUGUAACGCCAUCAUAA